AACUAAGCGAGGCGUUCCCGGAAAGAAGCAGAGAGAGCGAGCGACUCGUGUCGCUUCACUCGCUCGUACGGUCUCCUCUCGCUCACCCGAGAAUAAGUAAAGAAAGGAAAUUAUUUCUUUCUUCUUCGUCUUCGAUCCCCAGAACCCUCAGUCGGGGUCCCUCUCGCCUGAGAGGCGAUGCUAAGGGCUCCGCCGAGCUGUUUCCAGCUACGGCUGGGACGCGGGUCCAGAGAAAUUUCCUCCGUCGUCCUCCGGAUUCGAAUUCAUCCGCCCCAUCGCCGCGUCCGCCUGGUCCGUGCCGCCGGAGCGGCGGCCAUAGAUGGAGGAAAGAGCCAGUCGUGGGCCGACGGCGACCCGGGGCCGGAUUCUUUCUCCGGGUGGUCCGCCUCCCCGGAGACUAGCGGCUCCAAGAAGAAGGGAGGGCUUGGAAUUUACUUGCAGGGAUUCUGGAAGCUGGACUGGUUGGAAUCUUAUUAGCUUCUGGAGUUACAUUUACAUCAUUAUAUUUGAAAAGUGGAACUGGAGUCAAACAGCAGAUGAAACCUCUAACAACUGAACAGGAGGUGCUACUGUCUUCUGAUGAUCAGAGCACACAAAGUGAUCCAGUGGGAAAUGGGUCUUAUGCUGUAUUAUCAGACAAGGAAGGCAAGAUGAAAGACUCUAAUUCUGAGCAUGAGAGAGCUUUUGAGGUGCCUCCUGGAAAAGUUGUAGUUCCUCCAGUAGUUGAUGAAGUUCAAGGGCAAGCAUUGCGAACCCUGCAAGUUCUAAAGGUUAUUGAGGAUGAUGUUCAACCUGGGGACUUGUGUACUCGUCGCGAGUAUGCUCGAUGGUUGGUAGCCGCCAGCAGUUCACUUUCGAGGUACACUUGUUCAAAAGUUUACCCUGCAAUGUACAUAGAGAAGGUGACUGAACUUGCAUUUGACGAUGUCACUCCUGAAGACCCUGAUUUUGCAACCAUUCAAGGCUUGGCAGAAGCUGGACUUAUCUCGAGCAAGCUCUCAUCUCAGGAUUCUGUCCUCUUUUCACCAGAAAGCCCCCUAUCACGCCAGGAUCUUGUGAGUUGGAAGAUGGCUUUGGAUAAAAAACUUCUUCCAUUAGUUGACAGAAAUCUACUGUACCAGUGCUCUGGUUUUAUAGACAUCGAUAAAAUAAAUCCAGAUGCUUGGCCUGCUUUGGUAGCUGACUUGUCUGCUGGAGACCGGAGCAUCACUGCUUUUGCUUUUGGGUUUACCAGACUAUUUCAACCCAACAAACCAGUCACAAAAGCUCAAGCUGCUGUUGCUCUGACAAGUGGUGAUGGUGCUGAGGCUAUCAGUGGUGAACUAGCACGCAUUGAAGCAGAAUCGUUGGCUGAAACAACGGUGAAUGCUCAUACUGCUUUUGCAGAUCAAGUUAAGCAAGACCUUAAUGCAAGCUAUAGGAAAGAUCUUGCCAUUGAAAGGGAAAAGAUAAAUGCUCUAGAGAAAUUGGCUGAAGAAGCAAGGCUGGAAUUGGAAAAACUAAGAACUGAAAGAGAGGAAAAAAACAAUGCCCUUAUGUGCGGGCAGGCAGCUGUUGAAGCAGAGAUGGAGGCCUUUUCAAGGAUAAGGCCUGAGGUCGAGGAGCAGUUGCUGAGCCUGAUGAAUGACAAGAUUGAGAUUUCUUUUGAGAGGGACAGGAUUAGCAAACUUAGGAAGGAAGCAGAAAGAGAGAACCAGGUCAUUGCCCAGUUAGAAUAUGAGCUGGAAGUUGAGAGGAAAGCUCUGUCCGUGGCCAGGUGCUGGGCAGAGGAGGAAGCUAAAAGAGCAAGGAAGCAGACCAGAGCUCUAGAGGAAGCCAGAAAACAGUGGGAGAAGUAUGGCAUCAGAGUCAUUGUUGAUGAUCUUCAGGAUGAUGCUUCCACCAGACCCACAUGGCUUAGAGCUUGGAAACCACCUCCAAUGGAAGGAACGAUUGCCAGAGCUGAAACGAUUGUGGAGAAACUAAAGACAAUGGCCGCUGAAUUGAAAUUAAGGUCUAACAUUGUGAUGGAGAAAUUUAUUCAAAAGAUGGUCUCUUUAGUUAGGGCUCUUAAGCAGUCAGUAUCAACUGCUUCCAAGCGUGCCCAAGAGAUCCAUGGUAUUGUUAUUUCAAAGGCAAGAAAAUCAGUCAACGAGCUUUGUGAAAACGCUUCUGGAUUAAACUCAAGGGUUGGCCAUAGUGCAAGGAGAGCUGUUAAAGAUUGCAGGGAAGGUCUCGAGAUAAUCAAGCAGAGAUUCAAGACUUGAAAAGCUACUUUUUGUUAUGGACUUCUCUCUUUUCAACAAUGCCAGUGAACAUACUUGUGCUUCAAGUCUGAAAUCUUUAUUUGUGUUUUAUCCUUAUCCUUAAAAGAAUAUGAUGAGUGGAGAGGAUAAAAAAUGCAAAAUAUAUUUCAAUGUAACAUUUCAUUAGAAAUGUGAUGGAUUUAUUUUUUUUUUUACCUCAAAAUGGAAAUGACACAUCCAUUGAAUAACUAUUGCCCCAAGUGAGAGGAUAUUAUUUUGCCCUUCCUGAUAAAUGGCUUAUAAA